AACUCGACGUCGCUUCCUUUUUAUCAUUUUGUGUGGAUCAGUCUCUUUGUCUGAGUGUUGAGAACACUUCCAAUCAUCAGAGACAAAUCAAGAUUCCGGUUGGUGGAAUUUUUUUUUUUUUUUUUCAAAAAGAUUUCUCUGGGAAUUUGUUCAAGUUUUGAAAAUAAAUUGUUCAAACGUUUCAUUAAUUCUCAUCCACUGCUUUAACUCGGCGUUGGAACUUUUGAAUUUCAAUCGUCUUGUUUUGUUUGAUUGUUGUUCUUCUUCUUUCUCUUUCGUUUUUCGUGGAGAUUUCUGAUGGGUCUCUGCAACUCUAAACCGUCUCCGUCUCCGAAUUCUGAUCGGUUUUCUGAGAAAUUUGGUUCAAGAACGCCCAAUGGAGUGCCUAAUUCGGCUCAGCGAAACUCUAUCUCUUCCGUGGGAGGAGCUUCGCCGCUACCGCCUAGCUCUCAAAAUGGCACGGGGAAUCCGAGAACUGACACCCAUGAGAUGGAGAAUGUGAAGAAAUCGCCGUUUUUCCCUUUUUACAGUCCAAGUCCUGCUCAUUACCUGUUUUCCAAGAAGUCUCCGGCGAAUGCGAGUGCUAAUUCCACUCCGAAGCGGUUUUUCAGGAAGCCGUUUCCGCCGCCGUCGCCAGCGAAGCAUAUUCGUGCGGUUCUAGCGCGGCGGCACGGCUCGGUGAAGCCAAACGAGGCGUCGAUUCCGGAGGGGAGCGAAGCGGAAGGGAUUACUGGUUUGGAUAAGAAUUUUGGGUUUUCGAAGCAUGUUUCGAAUAAAUAUGAGCUUGGAGAAGAGGUUGGGAGAGGGCAUUUUGGCUACACUCGUGCAGCGAGGGUUAAGAAGGGCGAGCAUAAGGGCCAACAAGUGGCUGUCAAAAUCAUUCCCAAAUCUAAGAUGACUACUGCAAUUGCGAUCGAGGAUGUCAGACGGGAAGUGAAGAUAUUAAAAUCAUUGAGUGGUCACAACAAUCUUGUAAAUUUCUAUGAUGCAUAUGAGGAUCAUGACAACGUUUAUAUAGUAAUGGAGUUGUGUGAAGGAGGAGAGCUCUUGGACAGAAUUCUUUCAAGGGGCGGUAAAUAUACAGAGGAGGAUGCAAGGACUGUAAUGAAACAAAUAUUACAUGUUGUAGCUUUUUGCCACCUUCAGGGUGUGGCUCACCGGGAUCUCAAACCCGAGAAUUUCCUUUUCACUUCAAAAGAUGAAGAUUCGCUGUUGAAGGCUAUAGAUUUUGGAUUGUCGGAUUUUGUGAAACCAGAUGAAAGGCUGAAUGAUAUUGUCGGUAGUGCUUACUAUGUAGCUCCAGAAGUGCUCCAUAGAUCAUACAGUACUGAGGCAGAUGUCUGGAGUAUAGGUGUAAUAGCAUAUAUUCUUUUAUGUGGCAGUCGCCCCUUUUGGGCUCGAACGGAGUCUGGCAUCUUUAAAGCUGUUCUUAAAGCCGAUCCAAUCUUCGACGAGCCACCAUGGCCUUCUCUGUCUUCUGAGGCAAAAGAUUUUGUUAAACGCUUAUUGGUUAAAGACCCACGAAAAAGGAUUUCUGCUGCUCAAGCCUUGAGUCAUCCAUGGAUUAAAAAUUAUAUAGAUGUAAAACCUCCUCUUGAUAUCUUAAUAUUUAAACUCAUGAAGACUUACAUGCGGUCAUCGUCUCUUCGAAAAGCUGCUUUAAGGGCUGUUUCGAGAACGUUAACUAUAGACGAACUAUUCUAUUUGAAGACGCAAUUUUCACUCUUGGAACCGAGCAGAAAUGGCACCAUAAGCAUAGAAAACCUCAAAGAGGCUUUGAUGAAAAACGUAACAAAUGCUAUGAAGGAGUCGAGGAUCCCUGAUUUAUUGACAUCGCUAAAUGCAUUGCAAUAUAGGAGAAUGGAUUUUGAGGAGUUUUGUGCUGCUACGCUAAGUAUCCAUCAACUCGAGGCUCUUGAUAGGUGGGAGCAACAUGCACGGUGUGCUUAUGAUCUGUUCGAGAAAGACGGAAACAGAGCUAUUGUUAUAGAGGAACUGGCAUCGGAACUUGGCCUCAGCCCUUCAGUACCUGUUCAUGCCGUUCUUCACGAUUGGAUUAGACAUACCGAUGGAAAAUUGAGCUUCCUCGGGUUUGUCAAACUGUUACACGGACCUUCUAGUCGAACUUUGGCCAAACCAUUGUAAGCUUUAUAACUCGAAUGUUGAAGAUUUGUCAAAAGUAUUGAGUGUGAUAAUUGAAUCAAAUGGCUGAGUUGAGAAAUAGUUCGAUUUCCAUUCAGCCCGAGUUGUGGAUACUCGAAACAGGGACGAUGAUCCAGUGGAAUGAAAAUGCAGGUGUUGGAGUAGGAGUAGGAGUUAUCUCACUGUAUUUGUAUAGGAUUGAGUCAAAAGUGUUGUGUUGAAGUGCAAGUGAAGAUAAUCAUCCAAGGUUUUGAGAGGGUGGCACUUGCAUUUCCAGAGGUUUGAACUUCUGGAUUGUAAUUGUGAGGUUUCUUAUGAGUGUCUUCAUCUAUUACACUGCUUUCUUUCUUCUUUCUUCUGUUGUUGGAAGCUGUUUCCUUUUAUUAGCGUAUUCAUUUAUAAGAUCAAAAUUGUUGUGUUUU